UGUGUUUUCCAUAUCCCACAUGUUAAUGGAUCUAAAAGAGAAGUUGUUCUUAUAAAUUUGUUUGAUUCUAAGAGAUCUAAAAGAGUUAUCAAAGAUUAAAUUGUAGCUUUGAGAUUUGAUCUCUCAACUUGAAUAUUUUUUGGACGAGCUUGGUUAUUAAUUGAACCGGCUAAUACUCCGGCGAUUUAAUCACAAUGAGUAACAAGCUUCUCGACAUCUAUCCUCUCGACCUUAAAUUCCAUUUUGAAUUGAAGAAAUAUAUCUCUUGCACUCAGUAUUUGACUAACAAGACCGACAAUUAUGUGGCCUUCAAGGUUAAAACGACGAAUCCAAAAAGAUAUUGUGUGAGGCCUAAUAUUGGCGUUGUUCUUCCUGGAUCCUCUAUCGAAGUUGUAGUGAUCAUGCAAGCGCAAAAGGAAGUUCCGGCUGAUAUGCAGUGCAAGGACAAGUUCUUGUUUCAGUGUUUUGUGGCUAGUCCCGGCUCUAUCGCCACAGAAAUUACUACUGAGAUGUUUAGCAAAGAGUCAGGGAAUCAAGUCGAGAACAUUAAACUGAGAGUUGUCUAUGUUGAUCCACCUCGACCACCAUUAAAAGAAGGUUCUUUACCAAGAGCUUCCGUCUCUGAUAAUGGGAACGCUUCUGCGAGUGCAGUCAUCACAAGGCUCACUGAGGAAAAGAACUCUGCGGUUCAGCUGAACAAAAAACUUCAACAAGAAUUGGACCAGUUGAAGCAGGGAAGCAAUAAAAGUCAGAGUGGUUGUGGAAUCGAUAAAAGCCAGCGUGGUUGUGGACUCCUGAUACAUAUCAAAUGGUAUAUUUCCGCAAGAGUCUUAAGAAGAAAGACAGUGAAAGAAGGGGAAGUGGCAAUACAGAUUUAACGUGAACAAAGGAAGUCAACGUUACUGUUUGACUACAUAACUUCUGGAGACGAAAGAUUUGCACGAGAGAUCGUUAUCUUAAUAAACAAUCUUGUAACGGUUUUCUGUUUUUUUU